AGUUUUCCUUUAUAGUUCACUCUUCUCCUCCACCCACUAAAGAUCCAAUCCAAACCAAGCAUGGCUGCUGCGAUUUCAUCAACUAUGGCUAUCCUUUUCCUCUUCCUCUUCACUCUGUUCUUGGCAAAAACAAAUGCAUCGGACAUGUCCAUAAUCUCGUACGAUGAGCAAAACAACCUUAAUGGUCCGAUUUUGCGGUCUCACGACGAGGUCAUGUCGAUGUACGAGGCGUGGAUAGUGAAGCACUCGAAGUCAUAUAAUGCUUUGGGAGAGAAGGAGAAGAGGUUUCAGAUUUUUAAGGAUAAUCUGAGGUACAUAGAUGAGCAUAACGCUAAAGGUAACCAGACAUAUAAGCUAGGUCUGAACCGGUUUGCUGAUCUGACCAAUGAGGAGUACCGGAGCAAGUAUUUAGGUAGGAAAAUUGACGCUAAUCGGACAUUUCCUAGAGUCAAAAGUAACCGGUACGAUCUGAAGGACGAUGACAGUUUGCCGGACUCGAUCGACUGGAGAGAUAAAGGCGCUGUGAAUCCGAUCAAAGAUCAAGGAAGCUGUGGGAGUUGCUGGGCAUUUUCAACUAUUGCUUCUGUAGAAGGAAUAAACCAUAUUAAGACAGGUGAAUUGGUGUCUUUAUCGGAGCAAGAACUGGUUGACUGUGAUAGAUCAUAUAACGAAGGCUGUGACGGAGGCCUUAUGGACUAUGCAUUCGAUUUCAUAAUAAGAAAUGGUGGCAUUGACACUGAAGAAGAUUAUCCUUAUAAAGGCUACGAUGACAAAUGUGACCAAUACAGGAAAAAUGCCAGGGUUGUGUCCAUUGAUAGUUAUGAAGACGUAGCUCCAUAUAACGAAAAGGCACUAAAGAAGGCGGUUGCAAAUCAACCAGUGAGCAUUUCUAUGGAAGGUUCAGGGAUCGACUUCCAGUUAUAUGAAUCGGGCAUAUUCACUGGAAAGUGUGGCACUUCUUUAGACCAUGGUGUGAAUGCUGUCGGAUAUGGCACCGAAGAUGGUCUUGAUUACUGGAUUAUUAGAAACUCGUGGGGUGAAUAUUGGGGAGAAAAGGGCUACAUCAGGAUGCAGCGUAAUGUGGCUGCCAAAUCCGGUCUAUGUGGAAUAGCCAUGGAGCCAUCUUACCCAAUCAAGACUAGCAAAAAUCCACCAAACCCAGGUCCGUCUCCUCCAUCUCCAUCCAAGCCUGACAAUAUUUGUGAUGAGUUUUCUGUAUGCCCCGAGAGCGAUACUUGCUGCUGUCUCGAGGAAUUACUUGGCUCGUGCUUUAUCUGGGGAUGCUGCCCUCUCGAGGGUGCCACAUGUUGUGAAGACAAUGCCAGUUGCUGUCCUCAUAGGUACCCUGUGUGUCACAUAUCUUCAGGAACCUGUUCACUGAGCAAGGGCAACCCGUUUGGAGUGAAGGCACUGAUGCGUGUUCGUGCACAGCGAAUUGGAACCUCUCGCAGUAUUGAGGGAAGAACAGCAGUUCUUGAAGAAACAUCGUAGAUCUUAACCUAGCGGAUGAGAUAGGAAAGUGCUUCACUGCAAUCUCUAUCCCAUAUUUCACCCGUUGGGUCGACAAGGUCGCAGCAUAAUGAUAUCUAGUAUCUUUUUAUCUAUAAUUCUAGUACUUUGAUUUAGCAACAAAAACAGGGCUAUUGUUUCUUCACUGCCCAGUGUAGUAGUUUAUAUUUCGUUUACGCUUGAUGUUGGUGGUUUAGCACAUUUCUUACUCGUCUUUGUAAUUUCGUAUGUGAUAAAUGGCUUGAUUUCCGCUAGUAUCGAUCAGCUUGAAUGAACACUGGAAUUUGGUUGGUUUGAA